UCGCGAUCGCAACGCUUACUGGAAGACCACCAACCUAUGACCUCCACCGCUUCGCCGAUUAUAAAUAUCGCGUCUAAGAAGAAGGGAUCGUGAACGCUAAACAACAAUAGCGAGAGCGCGACGAAAAAAGAGCACAAAUGCCAGAUAAAGAAAUGUAAUCAUAUGCGCGCGCGCGGAAGCAAACGUAAAUCUUGGCGCCUGCGCGUUUUCCGAGGCGUCCGGUUCUACGGAUACGGUGGAAAGAUACAAGCGAAAUCACGGGAGCGGUCGUUUUCGUCGAAUCCGCGACCAGGGAAAGCCAGUCGAUCGCGACAGGUUUUUUUUAGAUCGCACGUGAUUUAAGGAGAGCGGAGGAGAAGAGGAGUCAUGACAGGCACGACGGACCCGCUGGUGAGUAUCGAUUUUCGCGACGUCUAUUUCGUCGAAUUCGUAGUGUUCCGCGUUCGUGGUCGUGCUUCCACCUCUCGUGAGCCAGAAAAUCCACUCCGAGGUUAUUUUUACGAGCGUACGCGGCAUGAGGAAACAACGACGGUUCAGCCUUCAUGGAAGCGCGACGGAUGUACGCAUUCACGCGCACGCGCGCGCGCGUACGCAUGGGCGCACGUGGUUCAUGACGGGUCGUCGGAUGCUUAUCCGUCGGUGUGAACAUCCUCGACAUUUAUCUUCUCGACUCGAGGUGUACGCAAAGCAACAACGAUAACGCGAACUAAGCGGUUUCUGUGUCGCAAAAGACGCUCGAAAAACGCGCCCUCGUCACAUGUCAUUUCCCGCGAGAUCGCACGAACGGAACGAAGAAAUGUAGGGUCAACCUCGGUGAUUCACUCGUGGCGCUUUGCCAAAUGCAAAUUCAAUCAUUUUCAGCAAAUCGAACUCCGCAUAAAGCGCCGCACGCGCUAUUUACUCCCGAAGCGUUGUGUUCUCGAUCAAAGGUUUGAAAUCGCCCGGCUUGCGAAUCAGGAAGUCCGAGUCCCGCUAUCAGUUAUCCACCCACACGUAUUCGUCCAAACAUGUCCGCGUUAAUCGACGAUGAAAGACGAGCUGUGUGUGUGUGUCGUCGAUGAGUAGUGGUGAUUCAGCGUAUUCGGAUAUUCAAAGGAGGAGGGCAUCGCCCUUUACCAAGCGUGUUGUGUAACGAGCGUUGCAUGCUCCGGGUGCUCUCUCCACGUUACACAGGUACAUUACAUGUACAUCGUUGUUGUACGUACGCGAUGGACCGCCUGAAAUAAACUCGAGGCGCGGAGAACGUCCCGCCGCGAGGCAAAAAUGGCUGUUUCGCUCAGAGCCGCAAGUCAGAAGUGCGCGCGACGGUUUCGACGGCUCGUGAGACGCGCGAAACUUGUAUUGAUCGGCACGCUGAAAGAAACGUCACCAAAGGGGGAGAUCGUAACUCAAGCUUCGUCCGGCUCGGAUAAGUAUCGUGAUAGCAAACGGACGCAAUGGAGACAAUGGCUGGCAUGCAUAUCAGCGACUCUAUCGAUGGUGGCGGUCGGUACCGUUUACGGAUGGACCACCACGUCGCUCUCCCGGCUGGCAUCCGGCGCCAGCGACGUGCCGAUAAAGAUAACCGACGACGAGGGUUCCUGGAUCGUGUCACUGACGGUGAUCGGCUCCAUGAUCGGCCCGUUCCUCGGCGCGAGUCUCGCCGACAGAUACGGCCGUAAGAAAUGCCUGCUGCUGGCCAGCGGCUUCUUCAUGAUCGGCUGGACCGUCAUACUGUUCGCUCAAAGCGUGUCGGCGCUCUACGUCUCCAGGGUGAUUCUCGGCGUCGGCGUGGGCAUCUCGUACACGACCAACCCCAUGUACGUGUCGGAGGUCGCCGACGUCGGGAUCCGCGGCGCCCUCGGCACUUUGAUCGCCGUCAACGUGUUCACUGGCUCGCUGCUGACUUGCAGCAUCGGACCCUGGGUGUCUUAUCGGGUCUUAGCCGCGAUACUACUCGCGGUACCGAUUCUCUUCGUGGCGUGCUUCUCUUGGUUCCCCGAGACGCCCGCUUUCCUCGCUGCUAGAGGUCGCAAAGCGGAAGCCACCAGAUCCCUGGCCUUUUUCAAGGGUAUCCGCGAUCGGGACGAAGCUCGCAGAGAGCUGGAGGUUGCUCUCCGAGGGGUCUUCAUCCAAGACGUCUGCGACAAUAUUCCCGUCACCGGGCCCGGUGCGAGAACCGAGCCGGUCAAGCGCAGCUGGCUCGGCAAGCUGAAGCUGAUGUUGUUGCCCAGCAACGCUCGAGCGCUCGGCAUCAUACUGGGCCUGGUGGCGGCGCAGCAGCUUAGCGGAAAUUUCAGCACUAUGCAGUACCUCGAAGUGCUCUUCAAGAAGGCUGCUAUCGGCAUCGACUCCAACCUGGCUACGAUACUAGUACUCGCGGUCGGCCUCGUUUCAGGAGGAUUAUCGACUGCGACUGUCGAGGGCGCGGGCAGACGCCCGCUGCUGAUCGCCUCCACUCUGGCGUCCUCCAUUACCCUCGCUGUCUUGGCGAUAUACCUCAUGCUCGACAGCAGGGGCGUCGACGUAUCCGCGGCGAAUCUACUCCCGGUGGUCGACGUGAUCGUCUUUCAGGUGGCCUUUCAACUUGGAUUGGGCACGUUGCCGAAUGCGCUCAUCGGCGAGCUGUUCCCCACGGAAGUGAAAGCAUUCGCCGGCGCUAUCAUCACCGUCUUCGACGGUGUGCUCGGUUUCGCCGUCUCCAAGCUGUAUCAAGUCAUCGGCAAUCUGUUGGGCGCGCACGCCGUUUACUAUUUCUUCGCGGCCUCGUGCUUAUUGGCGUUCCUGAUGGUGAUAUUCGUCGUGCCCGAGACCAAGGGUCGGACGUUCCGCGAGAUCCAGGAGCUCUUGCAACGCGAGAGGAAGACGGACGACGAGAGGAAUCAAACUGUCGCGAUAUGACAGAGGGAGAGGCGCCGCGCAGAACGCGGCGCGAACUCGCCGCCGCGUUAUCGGCCGUUCUUUUCGAGACGACGGACGUUCUCGUUGGCGAUUACUUAUCUUCGUCUGUACAUACAUUGCGUUCGCGACGGGGGCGCGGCGGGCCGUAAAGACGCGCGCCCGCGAUGUACGUACCGCGUGACCGUAUCUGCCGCCGGGGAAUUAAAAAAAAACAUCAUCGUAGAAUCAUUUUAGAAAGUGUAGAUCCUGUAGAUCCUGUGAUUUCUCGAUGAUUUUAUUUUUAUUGCAAUUCUUUUCUUUAUGUACGAGUUAUCGCGCGAAUAUUUCUAGGAUGAUAAUUGCAAAAUUCGCCACGUGUUCAAUUGUUAAAACUUCGCUGCGAGAAACACACGUUAUCUUUGAUACGGUCUUCUUUUUCUUUUCGUACGUCUCACGCCAGUUGUUACGCAGAUUGGAUAUUUAAGGGACGUCAGUUGUGAGGGUUUCUCUCAUACGCGGAAGAUAAAAUAUUUAAGUAAGAAAACUGGGAGAAAUGGACGGAAAUAGAAGACUCUAGCAGAGUAUAAUUUUUUUAGUAAACGCCGCAUCUCUUCUUCUGAAACGUAAAAGUUGGGAGUGAAGAGAAAAAUCGCAAGGUUAUUCGGUAAUAGAAAAAAAAAAUAAUACUGCCACAUAUACAUUCUAGUAUUACACCUGAAGAAGCGCCUUUUACAAGUAUUCUAUAAUACAUAGUCACUGAUUCACACGUGUAUGACAUAAAUAAUAAUAUAUAUAUAAAGGACGUCUGAAAAUUCUAGGUCUAACAUUCGUAUACAAGUAAAACGGAUCGAACUGGACAGAAAAGUCAUAUACCAUUUUGCAAAUUUUGCGGAUAGUUAUUAAGAAGAUAAUUAAAUAAUAUGAGCGAAUGAAUUCACAUGAAACAACAGAUCGAACUCUGUUGGUGUGGAUAGAGAAAGAUGUCUUACUUUUUAGGAUCUUUCAACACAACGGUGAGUAUCAACUGAUAGCGAGAGACUUCCUUCUUUUCGGCGCACAGCUGCAUAUCAUACGCCACUCGCUGCAUUAUUCCGCUUCUCGCUAUCAGCUAGUACCCAUCAUCGCUAGGGAAUCCUAAGAAGUAAGGUAAUUUUUCUUAGAAGGUAAUUUUUUUAGAAGUUGAAAACCAUUCCAAGUUACAAGUUGAAAAACUUUCUUUAUACAUGCCUUCAGAGUCCUACUCUUUCCUGUGAGUUCAUUUGCUUAUAUAGUUUAAUUAAUUCCUUAAACUAUUGCAAAAUUUGUAAAAUGGUACAGGACUUCGCUGUUCAGUUCGAUUCGUUUCGUUUACACACGAGUUUUGUCUGGAAUUUUCAGGUAGCCUGUAAAUAAAUAUUUUUAUUUUAUAUAUUCAGCCUAUCUCUCGAAUAAUUCAAUCGCACCGAGUGUAAUUUUUGCCACUCAUUCAAAAGAUUCGAUUAGUGAAAGCGAGUUUAGAUAACUGUAUGUUUGCGCCAUUAUGAUAAGAAGCCAUAUAAAAUAUGUUUUCCAUAUAUGUAUAUAGAUAUACACACAUAUACAUGUAUAUUUUUUGCAGAGCGCACAUUCGUAAAGGUGGCGCAAUCUUCGCGCGAUGUUUUCUCGUGCAAGGUUUAGUUGAAGCCGUAAAAAUUUCAAUUUGUAGAACAUCCUGUAUACGAGGAUUUCGCGCAACCAGAUCUCUCGUACGAUGGUAGCAGAUAAAAUAUUUUAGCUCAGUGCUAUUUUGAUAGAAACAAUGUUUCCGGUCAAACGCGCGCUCCAAAGAAUAGAUAGCUAUCAACUUUUAAACGAAUGUUUUCGGUGUAAAUAUGAAUAUUAAAGACACACGCAUCGUGUAUUUUAAAAGCUUUGUCACGCAAAGUGUGUAUAUAUAUAUAUAAAAAAAAAGAGAUAUUUUGGUGUGUCAGAAUUUUGUUAAAUACAAAAG